AUGCCGGUGGCCUCCGCCACCCUGGACCAAGUGUGGAGCCUGCCCGACAUCAAAACCGGCCGUGGUCGUGGCCGGGCCCUGAUCAAGUUCUUCCUGAUGGAGGGCCAGCUGGAUGCGUACAUUCUGACGCUCCUUCGCGACCAGAACUACUGCAGUGAUUUCUACUACCCGGGGGCCAUCUUCCUGUCGCCCGAGUGCAGCCAGCAGCUGGUCCGCACCCUGGACAAGGCCCUCUCGGCGCUGCACUUCUCCCUCUUCGUCAAGAACACCGACACUUCGCUGGAGGAUGAAUUCCGCGGGAUCUUCAAGGUCUGCAUCCGAGCCUCCACCAUCCAGAAGGCCGAUGCCGUGCACCUGGAGUCGGCCUGCUCGUGGUGUCUCCUCCAACGAACGGUGCACAUCCUCAGCUCCACCAACUUCAAGGGUGUCGACCAUGUCUACAUGUGCAAGUCUUGCGACCGGAGCACCACCUUUUGCUCCACCCAAUGCGGCGCCAUGGCCCGUCUCCAGCCGAAGCCUUUCGAGUCGUCGCCCGGUAUCUUGACCCUGGCCACCAAUCAAUUGGUUCCCAACAAUCAGUGUGCCGUCUGCCGCAAUGAUGUCCUCUCUUGGGGGCUUCUGAGUGAGACCGGCAUGCCGCCUGACCCGGCCGCCGGCCAGCCCCUCCUGACCGAGGCAAUCCACCCCGACUCCGAGAGCCAGCCCACCAUUGCCGAUGAGAACCUGUACCUGCAGUUGCUGUGUCGCGGUCUCGAAGCGGCCUUCCUGAUGAACUUCAAAGGCUCCCUGGAGUCCUUCUUCCGGGCCUUCACCUACGAUCGGUUUCUCAAGGGCCUGGAGAAGCUUCCCCCGCCGAAGAAGCCGGUAUCUCAGCCCCAGCAGAUCGCCGCCCGCGCCCCGGCCGCGGUCCCCAAUCACCUGUCCUCGCUUGGCCGCAGUGGCUCGGUUCGCUCGAUUGACACGGGCGCCGGCAUGUCGCGCACGCCGGUCAUGAGGCAUCCGCAUGAGCUGGUCGACAGCGACCUGGUCGUGCCGAUGCUCUCCUUUUCCGUGACCCCCGGCCAUGAGACAUCCUUCAUGCUGAGCUCCGAGAGCCUGGCCCUGGAGGGGUCCCAUUCGCAGGCCACCUCGCUGGCCGGCGACACCGGGACACCCCUGUCCUCGUCUUUGCCCCUGUCUGUGGUGGCCUCCUCUUCGCUGGUCGAUGAUGGCGGGCUGGCGAUCGCCGUGGACCGGGCCCCGAAGAAGGGCACGAAGAAGCGCCGAAAGAAGCGCACCCCGACGACCUCCGACUCCCUGCCGCCCCUGCCCGGGAGCCUGCCAGCCGACAGCUCGGUUCCCCUUGCCCGGGCGUCCGUUUCAACGGUGUCCCCCUCACAGCGCACAUCCAUCCUGACCGGCGGAACCAUCAUCAGCCAGGUGGAUGAGAUUCUGCUGAAGUAUGCCGGCGCCAGUGAGCCCGAGGCCGCGGGCUCCGCCCCGGUCACCAUGCCGAUUGCCAUGCCAGGUGCCCCGCAAGCCGGAGCCCCGGCGACCGGGGCCUCCUCAUUCACGGGCCCCACGUCCGUGGGCGACUCGCGUUCCGGCACCACCGGGAGCGCCACCACCCCCACAAGGAGGGGCAUCCUGUCGGCCACUGUGGUCCCGGCUCCGGGCGAGCCAAUGGCCCGGUCAGCAGACUCGACGUUCGGCGUGUCCCCCCUGUCGUCGGUCGAGUCGUCUGGUGCCGGCGUGGCCCCGGUGCCCGAGAGCAGUCCCGAUUCGCCGGCCCUGCUGGUUUCGCUCGAUGGGACGACCGUGGCCGAUUGCGAGGCUGCCUCCCUGGCGGCCGGGUCACGGCCACCAUCCUCGGUGAUGGUGGCCACCAUUGGGUCCCCCCUUUCGCCCUCUUCCUCGGAUGCCGGGUCCCCGUCGGCCGUUCUCGUGUCGGCGAUGGGCCCCUGCCCGACGGCCGGCAUUGAUGCGGUCGACGAUGACGAGGGGAAUGCCGACGGGAACAGCGCCGAGGAGGACGACGAUGAGGGGGAUGCGGCGGAGGAGGAGGAGGAUGAUGACGAGGACGAGGACGACGAGGACUACGCCCUGGGCUCCAGCUCCGACAGUGACUCCUCCAUCGACAUGAUUUCCUCUUCGCCGGUUUUGGUGUUUGUCCCGGCCACGGUGGUCAGCGCCCCGCGGCCGGCGCCCUCGGCCCAGCUGGCCCAGCUGUCGACCGGGUCCCAGCUCAGCAGUGCCCUGGCCCGCGCGGACCCGGCCAAUGGGGCUGUCUUCAGCGCCCAGCAGACACACCCCCACCGGUCGAUCUUCUCCUCGGUUAGCCCACUGGCCGGGUCUCUGGCUGCCAACCUGGCGGAUCAGGUCAUCAGUCGGUCUCUGAGUUUCACCGGCGAUCGGGCCGCCCGUAAGCUCACCGACAAGGAUGUCUCGCGUGCCCAUUGGAUUCCGGACAAUGCGCCGGAGGCAGCCACCUGUCGGGUGGCCUACUGCCACAAGCGCUUCUCGCUGAAGCACCGCCGGCACCACUGCCGCGUGUGCGGGCUGACCGUUUGCACGGACCAUUCGACCAAGCGCCUGCCGCUGGAUCGCCAGGCCCGGUAUGAUUUGGUUCACGGUGUCAACUGCCGCGUUUGUGAUGUCUGCUUCUCCGAUGCCAAGUCUCUUUCACGGCAGCGGCAGACCUCCGAGCUCGGCGACGAACUCCCAUCCAGUGCGCUCGCCAUCCCCGUGAGCAACCAGCUGGUCAGCUGGCAGAAGGCCGAUUUCGGCCGCCUCAGUCUCUCGGUCUUCGGGCCGGAGUAUGUGAUGAAUCGUCUGCUGUCCUUUGCGCGGAUGCCCAAUUGCGCGGUUUGCGGAUCUACCGUGUCCGUCUCCUCGAUCGUGUCGCUGGUCCAGCAACUGCUCGGUGCCACCGGGCUGACGGAAUUCCAGAAGCGCCUCCGCUUGAAGGGGGGACCCACCCGGGAUUCGUCCACCGGGUUGGCGGUUUCGCUGGAGACCAAUGGCCUGGAGCCCCCGAGUGGGACAUCCCGGGCCUCCUUCACCGGUGGUGGGCUGUCCUCCUCCGGGUCGGGCCCCGGUGGCCAGCCCCCCGCUGCCACCAUCUCCAAGAAGCAAUUCACCAUGGUGGCCAGCUUCUGCCAUGCCACCGGCAUGGUCUUUUGCGAGCAGUGCAUGCUGCCGGCCGAUGUGACUCCCUGCUUGCCGGGCCCGGCCCUGCUGCACUGGGAUUUCCAGGGGCAACCGGUGUCCAAGCACAUUGUCCACCUUCUGGAAGCACUUCAUGGGUUCCUGGUGGCCGACGACCUGCCGGACCUGCCGAGCCUGGUGGAGCUUUCCACGCCGGCCGGUGGGGAGCUGCUGCGACUGGCCCCUGCCGGGUUUGGGCAGAAUUUCCAAAAGUACAAUGUGGCCGAGUGCUUCAUCGCCAAUGACGAGUGCCCGGAGACCGGGAUGAUUUACACUUCGCGGUGUAGCCUCUUGGAUGUCGUGCGCCCCGUGCGCCUGGCUGUUCUCAUUCGCACUCGACUCCAGCGCCUGCUCGCGCGGAUUCACGAUUGCCCGGAGCGCGCAACCAACCCCCUGCUGGAUCGACUCAUCGACAGCCCCCUGUCCCCGCGGCUGGACCAGCCGGCCACGCUCUUCACCCUGGCCGAAUUGGUGUACCUCAAUCGCGGGCAGCUGCUCGACCUGCUGCGAGCCAUCACCCUCAAGGCGCACUUGCAUGUGGUGGACUGUCACCAUUGCUCGGUGGUGGUGGGCGAGACUUGCCCCCGGUGCUCGCAGCCCCUCCCGGACAUCUACUUCCCGCAGGCCGAUGGAGAUGGGUGCUUCCGUCUUGCCAAUACCCGCGACCAUGACCCGGACCAGCCGGCCAGCCAGGAGGAUGCCGAGAUGGCCUCCUUCCUGGACACGGCCAGCCAGGACUUCACCGACGUGCUGUUGCAAUUUGACCGGCCGCCCUUCCACACGUCGCCGGGGCCCAGCCCGUCGCCGCUGAUGGCCGACGGCAGCUCGGCCUCUCCCACUGACUAUCGGCCGGCCGCUUGGCGAUCGGUCACCUCGCUUCUGUCAAAGAAAAAGCGCCAUGACAGCAUGGCCGGCAGUCCGCCCACCAGGACCAGCCUUUCGGAGUCUUCGCGUCCAUCGGACAGCCUGGCCAUCAGCGACGACGCCUCGGACCGGUGGCACUACAUCGACGCCGAGGAGUGGGCCGAUUUGCCGGAGGUCUUGCAGUCGCUCAUGGAGAAGACCCACCGGUCGGCGGUCACCUGCCCGGGGCUUUGCCGGCGGAUGAUGCACUCCGAGUGCUAUGAUGGCCGGCUGGGGUCGUUCAUUGCACCGGCCAGCCCCAGCGGUGCCCGACGUGCCGGUGGUUCCUCUCGUGGGGGGUCCUCCGUUCUGCCGACCCUGACAACCUUGCAGGUGUCCUCCAUGGUCUACUCCGCCAUGCAGUACGCGUCGCGCAUCAAUCCCGGCCACGAUGCGCGCACCUCGCGCCUGGAGAUCAUCGACUACCUGUCCAGCUCAAGCCUGGCCCGGAAAGCCGGGUCCCCGAAGCACAGGGGGAUUGCCUCCUUCCUCAAUGCCCCGGUGCCGGGGUGUCAGUCAUGCUCCAUGAUUGCCUCCAUGCUGGAGAUGAUGCCAGACCAGUGA